GUUUUCAUUUUGCUUUUUGGGAAAUUAAUAAAUUUGUAUUAUGAAUUUUAACGACGAUCCUUUAGCUGAACUCUUGAGCGAUAAUAGCUUGGACAAUGAUAACUUCUUUGAUACACCAUCUGGUGGUAACUUGAAGAAGCCUUCGUCUGGCAACAAAUCCAGCAAAAUUGUCGAUCUAUUUGGCAUACAAGAAGAAACCGAAGCAGAUGUCCAGAGUCCAGUAGACGUCUCAAACAAAUCAAAGCCCGUUGCCCAUAGCACGCCGCGCAUUGUCAAACAGAAACCAUCGCUUUCGCUCGACGAUGAUGCUGCCGUAGCUGAUGACGACGAUCUCGGCUUCGAUCCCAAGCGUCCCAAGAGCGGCGGAGCAAGGAAAAAUCUUUUCGAUGAUUUACUGCCAGCAGCUGAGCCAAAGAAAAACAUUUUCGAUGACAUAUUAAGCAGGCCGGCAACGGCCAAACCUUCCAUGUCUCGCCAGUCAACGGAUACAACUACGGAGAACUCGCAAGCACGACCAAAAACCUCUACGGGUAGGCGUAGUUCGGCCCAGUCGGCUAUUGUUAAUACCGAUCCCCUCGGUUUAUUUGGCAAAGAUGCUGCCACAAAUGCAAAUGUUUCGGGCAUGUCCACACCUGUUUCGAAAAAACGUGGAGCUUCAUCGACUACAGCAGAUUGGUUGGGAUUGGAGGCGGGACCUAGCCAGAUAGAAGAACGGCCGCCUACACCACGUUCGCCACAGACCGUAAAGGAAUCUGUGGCCAUCCCCAAUCAAUUGCUUCCUACAUCAAAGAUGCCAGACCCUGAGGAAGAGAAUAGAUUACCAAUAAUUGCAUCAACUGCCGGCAACUCGGCCACACAGAAUAUACUUCUUCUUAACAGCCUGAAUCUUGAGAGUAGCCACAAAUUUGAGGCUCUGCAGCAACAAGAAUCCCAAUUGCUAAUUGCUGCCCAAAUGAAGAACCAGGAGCGUGCUUUAUUGGAAAUGCAACGACGCCAAGAGGACCAGGAUCGCAAAUUUCAAUCUCUUAUCCAGCAGCAAUUGCAGCGUCAGCAGCAAAUGGAAGAGCACAUUAAAGUGCAGCAGCAGAGAAUCAAUAUGCAUAUUCAACUGAUGAUGUCACAGCCUGUCCAUAUACGUGAAAUGGAAACAGUCGAAAAAGAUGAGGAAAAGCAGAAGUUUUCAAAGCCAAGAGAACAGGAAAAAGAAGAGAAACAGGCUGCGAAUCAGGAGGAGAAGAAAGAGCAUGAACAACUUCUGCAGCUGGAGUCCGAUGUCAAGCGAAAUAUGUUGGAAAAACUACGGCUGGAGGAACUAGUGGCCAACAUGAAGGUAAACUACGAACAGGAAAUUGAGAUGAUUGAAGGAUCCUACAAAAAGCAACUAAAAGUUUUAGAGGAUCAUCUGUCCGCUGUUGAGGAUCGACUUAAAUCAGAGAAUGGAGAGUUGCGCCAAUAUUAUCUUGACAAGCUAGAGAAAUUUAAAGUUGAUUACACUGAGCAGAUAUCUAAUCUAAAACAAGAUCAUGAGGAUGAAGUACGGAAAUUACGAAAUUCCCAUGAAAUGGAUUUGGAGGCGAUUCGGCAGGCCAAGUUAUUGGAAAUGGCAGCGUUGCAAGAUCAUGGAAAUUAUAUGGAAACUCUACGUACGGCCUCAAAUAAUCUGCAAGAGUUAAGCAAUGGCCUAACAACUGGACAAGAUCGACAACGCCAACUGGAGGUCAGGGAAAAGCGAUUAGAUGAUCAAGAGCGACGCUUAAAAAUAGAUGAGGAGAAUGCAGAUGAGGAGAAGCGCCGCCUCAUGGAACUGGUCAGCACCUUAGAGCUACAGCUGGGUCGUCUGUCUAAGGAAUCUGCCGAGGAGAACUGGCAGCUGAGGCAACGCAUGGCCAGCCUUGAGGCAGAGAAGAAGGCUUUUGAGAAUGAGAAGGCAUUCCAUCGCGAGCAAAUGGAACGUGAUGAAAAACGCAUUGAGGAGCUGAAAACUCUGCAAUUAGCAGAAACAGAGCGACUGCAUCAUGAUCUUCAGCAAGAACGCUCACGUUUAGCCAUUGAGCGACAGCAGAUAGAAAUGAGGCAACAACUUCAUGACGAGAACGGUCAUCACGAUCAGGAGCGUAUGGAAUUGGAAGCCCAGCUUAAAGUGGCUCGAGAUGCCAUACGUCAGGCGGAUGAAGAGCGGGAACGCUAUCACAAGCUGCAACGUGAGGUGGAACAACGUAAGCGUCUUCUCCUAGAUAAAGAGAAUGCUUUGAACCUGCGUGAAGAUGAGCUAGCUCAAUCUUCUAGUGCGUAUCGUAUGGCUACAGGCCGCUGUCAAAUGGUCGAGCAUAAGGCCCGCGAAACCGAGCAAUUGCUACAAGCCAAACUACAGUUACUGGGAAAACGUGCACAUGAACUGAGUGAGAAGGAGGCUCAAUUAUCACAGGAACGUAUGCUUUUAGCCCAGGAUCGCAUAACUUUGCAUAACUUAAAGAAACGAAUCGCAAAGAGUAGGUGUGCGCUUUGUAAAAUGGGGGCGGAGAGUGCCGAAUUAACUCUCCGGAUGGAUCGAAAGGCAAAACAUCUGCCUCAAAAUGUAACUCAGCAUAGUGAUCCGGCGGAUUUUCUACUUAAAAUGACCACUGCCAGUCCCGGCCCGGCAGCAGGCUUAACCCAAACUGAUAUUGUCGAGCGCAUGCUUGAUGAAAAUAUAGAAGCCUCUUAUCGUAGAAUGUACAAUGUACCGCCAGGGGGCUCGUCAGAUGUGGAGUACGAUGGAUUAACUAGUGGUCUAGAUGACGAUUCGAAAAAAAUGGCAAUGGAUAAUGGCAAGACAUUGGAUUUAGAAGAUAUGAUCUAAUAGUUUUAAGAAACUAAGCAAAAAGUAAAAAAAAAAAAACAAGAAGAAUCUGCAGAACAAAAUAAACACGACAAAAACAUUGAAGAACUUCUUGUUAGAGACGACAUUUAUCUGUUGUUUUGUGUACCGUGAGGUGGCAUCCCUGUAUUUGCGUUAUCGAUAACAACUUAUGGCCAUAAUCGCUGGAUGCCCCAUCCACAGAACUAGUUGAAAAAAGAAUUCGGGAGAACAAAAAAUUAAUUUUUCUGGACAGAAAUCGCGGGAAUUAUUACGUACAAAAUACGCUAAAUGUUUACAUACACGUUGCGUGUGUUUUUCCACUUUGUAGCAUAGUUAAACUAGGUGAGUUUUGUGGCAAAUGGGCAUUUCGGUUGCCACACGAGAUCGAGAUAUGAAGGCAACGGCACAAAAUAUUGAUGUGAAAAAAGAAAGUGUAGAGAAAUUUUCCUUUUACUUCAGUUGCAGGAACGCCAACGCCAACGCCAGAAUAUGUUUGUUUAUUGUUUAUUUCAUUAAACUCGAAUUAAAGAGAAUGUUUUCUUGA